AUGGAGGAAUCAACCGCCGAAUCGAUGUCAACUCUCGCAACCAGAAUUUGCAAUCAAAUAAACUCCGUCUUCACCAAAUCCUCCACCACCACUCCCUCUCCCUUGGAGAUCACCGUCGACGAAAUAGCUUCCGCCGCCGCCCGCCGUGGAAAAGUCUUCGUUUACGGAGUAGGUCGAGAAGGUCUGAUGAUGAAAACUCUAUGCAUGAGGCUCGCACACUUGGGACUCUCCGCCCACUGCGUCGGUGACAUGACUACGCCUCCGAUCUCCUCCUCCGAUCUCCUUAUCGCAUCGGCUGGUCCAGGUGGUUUCUCGACCGUCGAUGCCAUAUGUGGUGUCGCAAAAACAAACGGCGGUCGUGUGCUGAUUCUCACUGCACAGCCGGAGUCAGGAUCGUCGGUGAAGUAUGCGAGCGUGGUGGCGUAUAUAGCGGCUCAGACGAUGGCGGAUCAUGGUGUUGCGAUGGAAGAAACGACGACACCAUUGCUUCCGAUGGGGAGUGUAUAUGAAGGGGCGAUGUUUGUAUUAUUUGAGAUGGUGGUUUUCAAAUUGAGCUCAGUUUUGGGUCAAAGCCCCCAUGAAAUCCAAUCUCGCCACACCAAUUUGGAGUAA